CGCAGCGACGCGCAGGCGCUCUGGGCGCGAGGCCGGGGCCCGGGGUCUUGAAGGAUGUUUGUCCCAAGAUCUCUCAAAGUCAAGAGGACCGCUCCCGAUGAUGGCAAAGGCUGCGCGCCCAAGAAAGCGAAACCGGAAGCAGAAGACCCCCGCCGGGACGCGGGUAGCGGCCACCCCACCGGUGCCCUCGCUGCAGAGGAAGCCGCAGCCGGCGACCGGCCCAGUGCGGAGCCAUGCCCCUGCCCCCGUGCACAGGCGGGGCCUGAGCAGGGUGCCGAGGACUGCCGUCUCUCCGAGGAGCCCGUGAAGUCGUUUUCCAAAACGCAGCGCCCGGCGGAGCCCGGGGAACCGGUGUGUGUUGUCUGCGGCCGUUACGGGGAGUACAUCUGCGACGAGACAGAUGAAGAUGUGUGCAGCCUGGAAUGCAAGGCGAAACAUCUCCUGCAAGUUAAGGAGAAGGGAGAGCAGUCAGCCCUUGGCAGCCCGCAGGGGGCUGGCUCUCAGCCCGCGUCCCCGCUCCUCCCGGUCUAUGUGUACAAGGAGCACCCCUUCAUCUCGAGCCUCCAGGAGGACCAGGUCGAGGACCUUAAGCGUCAGCUGGGCAUUUCCGUUCAAGGGCGGGACGUGGCCAGACCCAUCACUGACUUUGAGCAUUGCGGUUUCCCGGAGGCCUUAAACCUGAACUUGAAGGCCGCUGGCUACGAAGUGCCAACCCCCAUCCAGAUGCAGAUGACCCCUGUAGGGCUCGGGGGCCGGGACGUGCUGGCCAGCGCCGACACCGGCUCGGGGAAGACGGCUGCCUUCCUCCUCCCUGUCAUCAUCCGAGCUUUAGUCGAGAGCGCGCACCCGUCGGCCCUCGUCCUGACUCCGACGAGGGAGCUCGCCGUUCAGAUCGAGAGACAAGCCAAAGAGCUGAUGAAGGGCCUGCCGCGCAUGAAGACCGUGCUCCUGGUGGGGGGCCUGCCCCUGCCCCCGCAGCUGCACCGCCUGCGACAGCACGUCAAGGUCGUCAUAGCGACCCCUGGCCGCCUCCUGGAUGUCGUGAAGCAGGGCUCCGUCCAGCUCGGCGGCGUGAAGAUCGUGGUGGUGGAUGAGGCUGAUACCAUGUUAAAGAUGGGCUUUCAGCAGCAGGUGCUGGACGUUUUGGAAAACGUUCCCCAUGAUUCGCAGACCAUUUUGGUGUCAGCUACGAUUCCAGCCAGCAUAGAGCAGCUAGCAAGCCGGCUUCUGCACGAGCCGGUGAGGGUUAUCGCCGGCGAAAAGAACCUGCCUGGGGCCCACGUGCGGCAGAUCAUUUUGUGGGUGGAAGAACCCGCCAAAAAGAAAAAAUUAUUUGAAAUAUUAAAUGACAAGAAGCUCUUCAAGCCGCCGGCGCUGGUGUUCGUGGGCUGCCGGCUCGGCGCGGACCUGCUGAGCGCGGCGGUGCAGACGGUCACGGGCCUGAAGAGCGUGGCCAUGCACUCGGAGAAGUCUCAGGCCGAGCGGAGAUGCGUCCUGCAGGGCUUGCUGGAUGGAGGCCACGAGGUGGUGGUGAGCACAGGAGUCCUGGGCCGAGGGCUGGACCUGAUCCGGGUCAAGCUGGUGGUCAACUUCGACAUGCCGUCGAGCAUCGACGAGUACGUGCACCAGGUCGGGAGAGCGGGGAGAUUGGGCCAGAACGGCACGGCGAUCACCUUCAUCAACAACAACUCCAGGAGGCUCUUCUGGGACAUCGUGAAGCGGGUGACGCCCACGGGGUCCCUCCUGCCCCCGCAGCUGCUCCACUCCCCGUACCUGCGGGAGCAGCAGCGGCGGGCGCAGCAGCGCGACCGGCAGGCCCAGAGCCGCCUGGUCACUGGCGCCGACCUCAUGGCCAUCAUCAGGAAGCACGACAGAAGGGGCGCGCCCAGGUGACCGCCUUGGGUGCUCCCUGUCGCGUGUCGCCGCUGAACGUCUGUAUGGUCCCACGUACGGGCGAGCACAUGAAAUAAAAAAGUUUUACAUUUUGUAAUAGGCUAUCAAAUUUAUACAGCAAUACCUCAUUUACCUUUGUUUUAAAUGCUCCUAAAUUAAAAAGGACAUCAGAAAAUAAA